AUGGCAUCCAAAAGUAGCUCAGAGCCAGCUCACCCAGCGCCUCAUGCUGUCCACCACGAAUGGCGAACUGCACAGAAUAGUGCUAGCUACCUUCUCCCCAAAAUAAAUUCAAUGAGUGAACAGAACUCGAAACUCAAGCUUUUAGAUGUUGGCGCUGGCUCUGGUAGUAUUUCAGCAACUCUUGCUCAACUCAUCCCCGAUGGCCACAUCACGGCGAUCGACAUCAAUCCAGAUAUCUUGCCACUAGCACGAGCAGUAGCUGAGAUGGUGGGAGUCACUAACAUCAACUUCGAGCAGGGUGAUGCCCACAAACUCUCAUAUGCCGACGAAAGCUUCGAUAUCACCAUUUGUCAUCAGAUAUUAUUUCACUUGAAAGAACCCUGGAUUGUUCUUCGCGAGAUGAUGGGAGUGACGAAGGCCGGCGGAAUCGUAGGAGCAAGGGAGGGAGAUCUUGACACUGAGUGCAUUUGGCCCGAGUUACCUGGUCUACUAAGCUUCCAUAACUUUGCUGCUUCUAUGAUGAAGGAUGGAGGAACCUCAACUGCUGGUCGACAACUGCUGGUCGACAACUGCUGCCGUGGGCUCUCAAAGCGGGUGUGGCUCGAGAAAAUAUCACCUUGA